CAUGCUCAACCGCAAUGCUAGCGCGCUUUUACGGACAACGCGAGCCGACACCGCCACUUCAUCUUUCAUAUUUUACGCUUAACAGCCAGCAUGUUAGAGCGUCUACCGCCGUCAGUCUUAAAGAUGAUAAUUGCCAUGCUCGAUCAGCAGGAAAUAAGGGCACUUUCGGCUGUUUCUCGAGGAUUAUAUGAUAUAACAGCGCCAGUCUUGUUCGAAUGCUUGCAUAUCCCAAUAGCACCAGAAAAUGCUCUCUUACAUAUUAAGAACUUUUUCCAGUGUCAUUCUCGAUUGGGCCGGGCACGCUCCCUGAGCUUGGUAAGGGAUCUUCGAUUUAUAGUUGAUGUACCUGAAAGGAUCGGUCACAGAAUCGCAAGCACUCCAAUCCGAGCAGAUGGAUGCUUUCCCAAGAGUUUUGGCCUCGCAGCCAGACUCAUUUUAGAACAACUAGCGCCUAGAAAGUUAACUGCCUUCAUGUGGGAGUUCCCUUGGCUUCCAGGGGAAAUAUUGGGGUACAACGGAUACCUUCCAGAGCUGCAACCGCAACUCACCUCGAUUACACUUUCCACUCUCUCACCAAACCACAGAGAGUCUAGAAGCCUUAGUCUUCCAUGUGAGCAUAAUGUUGACGGGCUUCUAAGGCUACGGUAUCUAAAGUCUCUGUGCUGGGAUGGAAUCCAUAGCGAAAGACAGAUCAGGAUACUUCGAAGAUGUCUGCGACAAAAUUCAAAGCUUGAGGCCUUACACUUGAGUUUCUCCAAGGGCGUACGGGUUGAUAUUUUGCAAAUAAUCUCCGCAAGGGAUAUGAUGUUGUUCCAAAACCUAUGUGCAUUGUCACUCAAGAAUGUCUUCUUCUCUUGGUCACUCUGUAUUCCUCCAUUGCUUGCCUUGCCUUGCCUAGACACACUAGUUCUACUAGGUUGCGCGGACAUCUCUUCCCUUUCCGGUUACCUAUUGAAACGCAGCCAAGCAACACAAUUCAGGAUUGGUAUGCGCUAGUCAGUGUGGCACAUGAUUUACAUGCGAGCUUUAAUGGACGCAAAAGUGACUCUCCAACAAAUCGUCUUCGCUGCCAGCUUAAUGGAGUUACCAUGCCACUCGGCUACAUGUGAUACAGGGACCCUCUGGUUAUGUAAAAGAAGCAAAUAUAUCUCGAUGAGAGAUAUUUAUAGGGAAGGACUUAUGAUAUUCAUGCAGUUCUGAACCUAUCGAAACUGAUAGCCUGCAUGGCGCUCACUCCAACCAUCACUAAUUUUAACGCAUAUAAUCAAUACUGGCAAUCAAAAUUUCCAGACGUCGAAAUCUCAAAUUAUAUUGCAUGCCCUAUUGUCUCUCUUAAGCUACGCAUUCAUGUACUAGUGAGGCUCCUCGAAA